GAGAGAGGGAAAUAGAGCACUAAAGAUGAAGAUUGUGGUGAAUAUGAAGUAAAAAAAAGGAGCACAACCUUGAAACUUAAAACGGAAAACAGAAAACCUAAACAUGUCUAUGCGUUGAUGGAUAAGAUAAAGAUGAGCCCGUGGUCGGCAAUGCCAGUGAAAAACAACGAAACGUUAAUAAGCAGGAAGAUGCAGAAAUAAAUGAAAUAAGAAACAAACUUUUAUCGUCUGAAUACAAUGCUUGAACCACCGUACCAGUUUUAGAAGCGACAAAAGUCACAUUUACAGUCGUUCUUCUUCGAUAAAGAAGAGAACGUUUGUUUGCGUUUGCGAAUAUAACUUCUACCAGGAUUUGGAUUUUUUCUACGAGGAAGCAUUGCCAUUGAUUAGGUCGAAGAGCAGUAGGUGCAGGUGGAAAACAAAUAAAUCAACAUGACCCAGUGUGACAAGGCACCUGAAGAGGCCACCAAGGUGGUUCUUCAGCCGACGGCGGUUCAUGACCAGCAAGUAGGCAGUUGUCACGAGUUCGCGUCGGCUAAAGGAUUCGUUCUCAACGUGGGAAAAGGCGACAAGGGUGCGGAUAUGCACGGACCGGUGAUCCGAGGAAAGGUGCCGAGAGUUCCUGGUCUAGCCCAAGAAAACACCAUCCAGGAACAAGCUUUGUUGCCGAACGGCACUAAGAUCCCGGUACCUCACGUAGGACAGAUCGCAGUGGAGGGAGACGUACUUGUCACUUGUAAGAAGUUGGACAAUUCUUGGAAAAGAGAUAAUUUGAUAGGUAUUAAUAUCAUAGAAGAAUAAUUCUCAGCUAGCCAUAUACUUAUAUAUAGAAACACGAUCAUCAUUAUCAUUUCCAUUUCUACAAAUGAGGAGUUUCCUUUACCACAUUUUGCUUUCACUUUAUCAGGCGUCUGACUUGGAGAAGAAUAAAGCGGAAACGAACACGCCGACUGCAGCUUUGGGCGCGUCUAGCGCAUCGAAGCAGCUCGCGUCUGCAGGACCUUGGGCUGUGGCAAAAACGAAGGUGGAGGCGUCUACUGUACCCGCGUUUGCCCUUCCUUGUGUCCCUCUGUCAGUAGCGGAGAACAAGACUGUUGUAGUUCCUCCUGGUCCCGCUGUCGUGAGCACGGGAGCAGUAGAAGGUGUGGAAACUGCUACAAUCGAUACAACUACAGCACCUGCUCUAGCUGUUGUGGAGCAAGAUGAGCUGCCGCCGAUCGUGAUGACACCAUCCCAGGAUAUUGAUGUUAUGGGUUUCCACAUUCGUUACAUCCUCCACCGACAUCCUUGACCUUUUUCCUUGUGGAAAGUAGGCCCCCAAGGAUCAUGAGGUGAAGAAUGUAAUUAUAUGGCGCAACCUCUAAUGAUGGGCAGAUGACGUUAUUCGACCGAGAAGAUUUCUGGCGUGUCCUAAACGAUGCGGACUACUUCCAACGCAGUUUUUCCCCAGAAGAACGCGAGCAUCUCUCGGCUCAGUGUCUCUACUUCUAUUAAGGCUUAAAAGUUAUAGGUUCAGUAUCUAUAGGAUGAAGAUGAUAAUAGGAUUAGUAUUUAUAUAUAGGAUGACUCAGGAACUGGAACAGCAUAAAGAAGCUGCAAGUAGAUUUGUAGUCUUUCAAGCCCACCACGACUGAGUGCAGCUCGAAGAAGUUGUGCAUGAAGAUGUUUAUUCUACUUCAUCUUGUUGAAGAUGCCGAUACAGAGCAUUUCGAGUUCGGUUGCAACGGGUUCCACGACCUACAGGAAAUAUAGUAAUAGUCAGAAUUAGAAGACAACUAGUAGUUGUAGUAGUACGUCGUGAUUCUAAGCCUACGUGAAAAUCUCUACUAGUUGUGCACUUUCGUGUCUGCAGUUUCUCUCUCUCUAACUUUCCGGAAUUCCCCUCGAUCGCCUUCAGAAGAUUAUGAUUGCCCAAAAGCUGUUCGAACACGACUUUCUAGCCGAAGAAGACAUGCUAACAGUCAAGGCUCGCGAGGCUCUACUCGCGAAGAAGAAAAAGGAAGAGCCAGAGCGGUACUCCUGGCUAUUUUUGAGUAAAAGAUAUAAAUGCAUACCUGGUAUUUUUUGAGACCACCGGUACUUGCUAGUUCUUGGAGUUAGAUUCUAUUAAUGAUGAAACUGUACAACUACAAGAACACUUUACAUCAAGAGUUUCCGAACAGAUGCCGGAUUUUGGGUUAGGCCUAUGCUAUGUUUGAUUCUUUCAUGUAAAAAGUUACAGUCCUUGUACAUUGUACAACUUGCUGCAUGCUUCUAGGUACAAUAAGUUGGUCGCGGAGGAGACUCGUGGGUCCGUGCACACGUUGCUUCUGGCCGCCCAUUGCGACUUCGUGGAUCCGCAUGCCUGUGAACAGUAUUGGAUGGUUUCGAAGGAACGAAAGGCGGGAGAAAAGUCCUCCCUGAUGUCUCAAGAUGGUGGCAGUGAAGUGUCCUCUGGCAGCCUCGCAGAGCGCAGUUUUACCACCACGUUCUCGACAAGUUUCGGUAACAAGAAGCCGAUGACGACGACUGGUUCUGCUGCUGUUUUUUCGAGCUCGACAUCGUCGGAGGUGGGUAUCACUUCUAAGCAGAUGAUGAAAAGCGGAGCAGAAGUAGAAAUGGCGCAGUCGAAGCAACAACUAGCGAAUCAUAUGUCCAGCGUGGGAAUCGUGACCAAGAAUGCACCAGGAGUCUUACAACCUCAAGAUUUAGUCGGGCAAGAAGAUGCAGAUGCUGCGAUGAAAAUGAAUGCAAUGUCAACUAAGCUCAUCUCUCAAGAAGAUUCAUCAGCUUCGAACACGGCUGUUUUGGGUGGGGUCGGGGUCGGUGCACGUCCAGACUCAAUCACGAUGAAGCAAAUGGUCGCUCCUGGCCGCUUACAGGAUCGUAAUGGAGUCGAGGAUAUGGAUGUGGAACAAUUAGAGCACGAAGAAGACGAAGACAACAGACUUUCACCUUCGAGUACGGCCACACUCGUGUCUGCAUCUUUGAACCACAAUCAUGCCAGCGGGGACUACCAAAAGCAAGCUCCGGGGAACGCUGGGGGCACAAUCACGAAUACAGCAGGUGGAGGACGCAAUAUGAAGGUUAGCUUAAAAGCAGCAGGCCCAGGCGCUACCGGCGACGUGAACAUGGCUGUAGCCCGUGAUACGACCACAAAGUCGCCGUCCGCGGCUCAGCAGGUACUUUCUUGCUUUAUUCUUUUCCUGUGGAUGAUACUUUCUAAGAUAUUAACAUUGAAGACUCUUUGGAGCAAAGAAUAAGUCAUUGUUCUUCUUGUUGUCCUCCAGCUCCAAGAAAAUUCUAACGCUUGUUACGACCACAGGUCGCAGCCACGGCCACGACCAUGAACAAAGUAGGCAACAUGAAGAUGGCGCGCGAUGGGCAAGUACAGCAUCCGAGUCAACUGUCAUCCGAGUCAUCUGCGAUGGGGUUCGAAGACGGAAUCGGUGACGCCCUGAUGGGUAUGGGUCCCAAAUUGGCUCCGUCUACCAGCUGCCUGAGCACGGGCACGGGUCUUUUGGUCCUCGGCAAGAAAGGUGGCCAAGGUGGCUUGUUCGGCAACAAGGUCCAGUUAAGGCUACCGCAAAAGCAUCCUCAACAGCAUCAUCCUGAGAACCGAACUGAAAAUAGAAAAGUCAGAGGCGUACGGUGUAAUUUCUGAUUUUCAAGGAAGGAGGGAAGUAAGGGGCUCAGGGAUCAUGCUCCUAAGGGUGCAUUCUAGGGGAUAGCUCUAAUCCAGGGAGAAAGUUUUAAGGGGAAGACGGCCUCGUCUUCGUCUAUGUUGACCACUGGCGCCACCUCCGACGGAAACAGCGCACUUCCUCCUGUAGCAGUGUCGACAAGCGCGGGCAAGGGCAAACCGGGAGCCACUCCGACGUCACGAACGACUUCCCGCUCCUCGCAACCUGGAUUUGGCCAGGACAGUACGCGCAGCUGCUAUUCAUCCUCGACUCCGGCUUUUGGGGCUACCACUUCUCUGCCUGGGGGACCGCAUCAAGCAGGAGGACCACAGUACAUCGAGCAUCCGAGUCGUUCCUUGUCUCUCUGCUCCAACAAGAACGCAACGACGGUAAACUCUGGGCUUGUCGUGGACGACCAGCUGAAGUUGUCCGUCGGGCCGAUCGCCGGAACCGCAUCAAACGGGACUCCAGGCAGUAAGGGCGCAUCUCAAGCGGGCACCCCACUCAACGCGUGGAACAGCCUGCAAAAUGCCCAACAGCAACCAUUCGAGGGCAAGAGCAAGGGUGAAGCGAUGCUACUCGCCGUCGGAAAGCAGGCUGGUGCUCCUGGCAUUACAACUCCUGUAUCCAUCAACGCGAAAGGCCAGCCAGGACAAAUGUCCAAAAGCGCCUUUGCAGGUUGUAAGUCCACACUGUACGGCAACGCGCCUUCUGCUGGUCUCCCAGGGGGCCCUGCUCCUAUGGGAGGAAAAAAAGGUGCCUCCGGAAGACAACCCGCCGGAGUCACCUCGUUCUCGCUGAGCCCAGAAAAAAAACGCAAACAUUUUCCAGUCGGUGACGGCACCACGAAGUCGUGGGGUACUGGCGCGGCUGCUAUGCAGAGCGGAAAGUACUUUGGUGGAGGCCCCUCGUGGACAACUUCUUCGAACAAUCCAGCUUCCAGUAUGAACACGAGCUACAACAGUAAGAGCAAUACCACGCCGUCGUCUGCUGCUGAUCAACAACAGGGAGGUGGACUGGUACAUCAAAAUGGCGUUUUCAAGAACAGCUUCUACAACACUACAUCCUCAGCCGGUGGCCGUUCUAAUACUGGCGUUGUGAGUGGGAGCAGCACUACCUCUUCCUUUGCCAGUGGACACACGAAAGACAACAACUCCUCGACCACGUUUUUUGCGAAAGCGGCGACAGCAGGAAGCGAAAAGGGGUCUUGCGGCAGCAAGAACGUUUCCCCCGCGAGCGGGUAUGUGAGCAGCGCCCGUCCGACUCCAACGUCCUCAGGCACCAUUGUGAGCGGAGGCUUCGGCAAGUACGGAAACAAGGGUAACAAGCAGGUGCUGGGCGGAGUUCCUGCUGGCAAGGUUGCUGGAAAAUGUCUGUACGGAACAGCAGAUGAUGCACAGCACCUUGUUCGUACUGCUGAGUCUGACGCCCACAAGGGAGCCACCAGCAAAGGCACGACAGGCGGAUUCGCAGGUCUGCAACACGUCGCGUCGAAGAAGGGAGACCACCCUGCUGCGGCUGCCGGAAAGGCGUCUGGCGGACAGCCGCAAGGCAAAUACACGACUGAGAGCAGUGCGGGCAGCAGCACUUCAGAUAAGCAAGGGUUUGUGAGCGACCUUAAUGGGAUGCGCACUAAAGGUAAGGCUGCAGCAGCUUCAAGUGUAUCCGCUGUUGGCAACGGGAAAGGUGGUGCGAUGCACAGUGCAGCCGAAGCAAAGAACAAGGAACAAGAGGCUGCAACAAAGACGAGCAGCGCCGCUGCUGCUGCUGCUCCUGAUUACGCAAAGGAAGGAGACACUCUGGCAAACGUCGUGGAACAAGACGAGUUAAAAGGGCCGAAGGACGAACAGCACCUGAUCGAAGCGGCACACCAACAUCUCCUGGCUGCCAGCGGCCUCGGAGCUGUGGAUCCCUUCGCUAGUUGGUGGGCGGGUGCUGCGGCGGCCGCGGCCUUCGAUCCGGCAGCAUUUUUGAACCCGGCGUUGGCGGAUCCAGCGUUUUUGUACGGCGUCUCUACUCCUGCGGCAUUUCCACCGGCGUCUCUACUCCUGCCUGCUUACCAUCCAGCUACGGCCGCGGCAUUGGGCGGUGCUCCUCCGACGUUUCCGUUGAUGCAUGCAGCAAGCUAUCCGCCACCUUUUUACGGUCCAUCUGGUGGAGCGGCCGCGGCAGCAGCCUUCUAUCCGGGUGCAGCUCCUGUGUUUCCUGGUGAUCCAGCACUCGUGGAUCCAGUGACCGGACAGCUUCUGGUGACGGGAACCCUCGUUGACGCCGGUUUGGAUGGCGAGGCCGACGCAGAGGCAUCGCGUCGCGCGAUGAAUCACGCUGCUGCGACUAUGGCCGCUACUGUUGGGGACACCAUUAACAUCCAUCAUCAGGUGGAAGAUCUCAGCGUAGUUGCUCCUCCUAGUCAAACAACAAACGGAAAGAUGAUCGCUGGAAAACAGGAUCAUGGACAUCGAGACGAGUCUGGUAUCCUCGCUUCGAGUAUCCCAAACUCGGCUUCUAAGAAACGCGCAGUUCAUCUUGAUGCUGCCGACCAGAAGAUGCUUGCGCCGAGUCUGAGCCUCUCUCCGGAGCUGAAUCCGCUCGCGCCGCCGUUCGUGAUUCCGGGCGAUGCGGAUCUCCCGCUGAGUCCUGAACUAGUCGGCGCAACAGCCACAAGUCCGUACCCGAUGCACCCAUUAGGAUUUCCGAUGUCGCCAGAGCUUUACGAACACGCUGCCGCUUUCUUCCCAUGCACCGACGGAGACAGCGACGAUGGGACGUGUUAUACGCAGGAUGAUGGUCGUGGAGUUGUUCUCCCUAUCACCAAUGCGAAGAUGAACAAAAGUAAUUCCACAACUGGUGCUCUUGCCAUCAAGCAGGGGUCCCUUGGACUUGGUGGUGCGACGGGACUCGUCAACGAGCAAGCUUACCAUCCUGGGAAAAUGAAGAAAGCUCUGAGCAGCCGCGGAAAGACUUCCGAUAUGGAGGCUGCUGAAUUGGAGCAAGAUUUGUACCGUGACAUGGGCUUGCUUGGUCCGAAAACGGCCUCGACGGGUCCGCAUGCGUCCAAAACUGGCACUAACAAGGGAGCUGUUGCUCCGACGAAGGCGAACGCGACGAAGAAGAAGAAGACAUCGAACAAGAAGGUGAUGGUGGACGCCACUUCUAGCAGUAGCAAGAACGCAAGCAAGAAGGACGAGCUCGACGAGAUUUUGUCAGAUGACGAGGACGAUGAGGAUAGCUUCACAGAAAUGCUGCAGAAGGAUACGAAGUGCCAUACGAACUGCAAACUUGCAGGCUCCUCGAAGAAACCUAAAAACAAAAAUACUGUUACUGACGGUGGACUCGGAUUUGCAGGAGCUUUAUCUGGCGAUAUUGAUGUCUCGUCUAUUCCUACGUCGCAGCUGCAGACUACGAAAUCGGCAUUGAGCAAGGGUGCGAAGACGAACGCAGCAAGUCUGGCGGCGGCGACCACCAACAAAGGGACCACGUUGCAAUCUGCGAGCACCAACAAAGGGACCAACGCUGGAAAGAAGGGACCCGUGUCGCAGACCACCAGCACUUCUGGAGCUGAUCUCGUUGGCAAGAAAGGACCGAGCGCACAUUAAGGCUCCAACAAAUCCAUCUUAGCCAGCAUCCUGGAGCCGUUUUCAAAGGGAAAACGAGGACCAAGAUGCGUCUGCGGAUGAAUUCUUCCUAGCUCCAAUCAGAACAAGGUCCCACCAGUGUCGGAGCUCCUCCUUCUGGUGGUCCUCCGGCUCGUAGCAACAAGAACGGUGCUGCGCCAUUGGCUGCGACAUCUCCUGGUUAUCCGACUUUGCCUGUACCUCCUGGUUCUUCCUCGGGUCCGCAGUCGCGCAGUGCUGCAUCCCCGAACGGAGUCGGUGCUGCCGCGAAUGCCGUGAAUCUGAAUGAUGUGACCGCUAGCUUCUUGAAUAAUAGCGCUGCGUCCACUGCGAGCCUCAAGACUGCGUCGUCGAACCACAGCAUCUACGGCGCCUUUUCCGGAAACAAUACAACAACCGGAGCUAGUAACCCGACGCUUUUGUCCGGCAAACAGGCGCCGGCGACGUGGCCGGUCAAGACUCAUCGCGCGCCUUUUGGUUCGCCCGAACUUGCUGCGAAAGAGGAACAGAUGCGUCUCUAUUCGACCGCACCGGGAUUCACAGGUACUUUUACUGAUAUUUUUUUUGAGUUUUGGAAUGUUCAUCGAUGUUGUGUAUCAAUUCUGCGUGUUAGACUUUUCGAAAUAGAGAUGAGAAAUCAAUUUGAUGAUAAGAAAACUCAAUCUGGAACGACCCCCGAAUUUCUUUACACCGUCACCGUUUGAUAUUUGUCUCAGCUCCACCUCCGCCUACUCCGCCGCCGUCCGCGGUGGUGCGCCCACCACCGGAGUGCCCACCGUCGAACAAGAAAACGUUGCCGCCGGCUCCUCCAAGCAAGGCACCACCGGCCCCACCUGCGAUCGUGAAUACCUUGCCGGCUGCUGCAUUGGCGCCGCGCUUGCAAAUCCAAGCACCGCUUAUGCUCUAUCCUACGACGUCGCAAUAUACGAGUUAUUCCAACGAUACCAGUGGAUGCUGGGUAUCUGCGUUCGGGAACCCUACUCCAGAGCUCACUCGUGCGAGCACCUACCCGAGAGGUAAGAACUACUACAAAAUGUCAUCGCUACCUACGGUUACGCGUCUAUUUCCAGAAUAAAACUGAAAAUCGGAGCGUCUGGAAGUGCCCGUAUUGGUAAGUGAAGAUAUCUAGGUCUUUCUUUGUACACUCGACCACGAGAUAACAUAAAAAAAUGAUUAAAACAAAAACCUAUAGUACGUAUACCUACUUCUACACGUACACCACGAUAAUAUUAAAGGCCCUGCUGCAUCUAAAGGCCCUGCAGCAGCCACCGAAGGCCCCGUUGAUGUUCACUUACCGAAGCAACCUCCGAAGCCGUCGAUGAAUGGAAUGCAAGUUCUACGUGCUGCGAUUUUGGCGUAUUUUACGAAGUACGAACUUGAGGAAUGCAAUCUGGAUAGCAUGGCUAAGGAUGCUGAUGUGAAAGCCGCUUGGAAAACCAUUGGUCGCGUGCCCCUCUGGAAGUUGGUACUGUACUAGAGAAGAAAUACUGAACUACUUCUACUCAGAUGUUGAGCUUAAUAUCGACGAGAAAUUAUGAUCAUGAUGGUAAGUAGUUUUGAUUGACAUUCUUGAACUUUUCGGAAUUAGUUGUAACUUCUAAGAAGAAAGCUGAAUGCGUGAAGAUGUACUUGAGAAAUAGAAGAACAACUGACUCACAUGUUGAUGUUAUUGAAAAAUUAUGAUUUGUCGGAGAGCGACAUAAAAGACUCACUGCACCACCUCAUGCUAGACACAUUCAUUCAUUCACUCCACAAGGAAACCGAAAGCGAAACCUCCCAAGCAUCUUCAACAGGUAAAGCAGUUUCCCUGCGAUAUGUCGCAACGUCAACUGGCUGACGGUACCUGGAAGUUGUGGUUGAUCGAGAACCCUAUCGAGAAUCCCGACUCUCCUAUCAUGGGAGCGCCUGCAAAUUGCGAAACCCUCUUCGACUCGGCCGCUUCGCCCAACAGUGUUAUUCCAAGUGGCUGCUUGGAAGCUGGUAUUUUUAUAUAAACCACAAAUUGGUGCUCUCUGCUCAAUUGCUAAGUUUGUCCUUGUCCUGCAUAAGUAAUUUCUAAGGUAACAGUAUUCAGUUUGAAUUUCCAAUCUUUACCUGGAGUGCAUUCUCCAACUCCAGCUACCCCGGUUCAAUGCGAUGAUUCCCCUGUACUGGGAUGCAGUGCUGUUUCGUAUUCCUUCGCCAGCGCCACGAAGCUCCCAGUGCCAACGUGUGAGAUGCCAAGUCCCAUCGUUACGGCUGUAAGGAGUUUUAGUUUUUUAUCAUGUCCCAAACCUCCUAGGUGGUUACAUACUGUAGUUAUCGUGUCCUGCUCCUAGGUAAGACUAUGUGAGCCUCAUGCCAUGCUCCUAGGUAGUGGUAGUCCUUGUUAGAAUCAUGUGAACGACCCAUCCUAUCUACUUAUCCUAUCCUAGUAUUUUCUGUCUGGGUUUUUGAGUAGAACACAUUGAUGAAAAAUGUUGGUCGACCAGUUCUAAUGUCACUAGCACACGGGAUGUUGCUUCUACGAGAAAAGCAGAUGCAGCGAAGGGAACAAUGGCUGGAGAGGAGAGCCAAGGAGCACAGGGAGAUUGUGUCAUCCAGUAA